AUGAGCCUUCGCCGAGAGAGGCACUUGUCAGCCACGGUAUACUUCGGGAUUCAAGAAAUAGUACGCAUAUUGGUAAAGGAUUGGCAGAAUAUAGACCAAGAGGAUAACGACCGUGGGACACCGCUCUCAUAUGCCGCCAAGAACGGGCAUAAGGCUGUUGUCAAGCUGCUACUAGCGACAGACAGGGUUGAUGUCGAUGCCAAAGAUUGUGAGGCUCGGACACCGCUCUCAUAUGCCGUCGAGAACGGGCACGAGGCUAUCGUCAAGCUGCUGCGUGCUUGA